UUAUCUUCUCUUUAAUUAUGUAAUUUAAGUUAAACAGUUCGUGUUCCUGUGUUUCGAUGAAAAUAAAAGGAUUUGGCAUUAUCUGUUCUGAAGGACGACCAUUCGAAAAGAUUUUGGAGUUUUUACAACCUUUUAUGGAAAGGCCUAAUAUUAAAAUUGAAUUUUUAAGAAUUGAGAAUACACAAAUUCCCGAGUUGUCAGUUGAUACUCUAGCUUCUCUACCAAUUCGCCACUUCAUUCUUCGCAACAACUCACUCUCUCAUUUUCAAGUUUUAUCUUCAACUAGCACUGAACUCUCAAUAACCUCAACACUUUUUGAUAAUGUAGAACAAUUGGAAAUACAAAAUAAUGAAAUUGAAAAUAUUCGAGACUGUCCAGCUUUAACUUUGUUUACAAAUUUGCAGUCACUUUCCCUCGCUGGGAAUAAAAUAACUGAAGUAUUUGACAAUACUUUUGCUUAUUUUAAUUCACGCAAGACGCUUCAACAACUCGAUUUAAGCGAAAACCUUCUCUCCGACACUUCAAUUAAUUCCAAAGCUUUUGUUGGACUAGAAUUUUUACAAAAACUUUUUCUAGACAAGAAUCAAUUAAACAAACUACCAACCAAAGCUAUAGCUAAAUUAUCUGAUUCUUUACAGGAAUUGUUUGCAAGUGCAAAUCAAAUUGAUAGUUUAGAACCUGGAGAUAUCCCGCCCCUUCCCAUGCUUAAAAGUUUGGGGUUGGAUGUUAAUCAGAUAAGUCAACUAAAUUCGAAUAUAUUUACUUCAAUACCUUCACUCUGGUAUUUAUAUUUAAGUCAAAACCAAUUUACAUUUAUUCCUUCUUCAAUUUUUGCUUCUAUACCUGAAUUAAAGGUGCUCUCAAUGGGUGGUAAUCCAAUUGAAAGAAUUGAAGAUAAUUCAUUUUCUUUUGCAAAUUCAUUACUUCGCUUAGACCUGUCUCACUGCAAAAUUAAUUAUUUAAAUAAUUGUUUCUCACCAAUUUCACGUCUUCAAUUUAUUAAUUUACGUGGAAAUAAAAUUAAAUUUAUUUCGAAUGAAUUAUUUGGAGGAGAAAAUUCAAAACUUGAAUUUCUUGUUUCUAUUGAUUUGGGACAGAAUCAGAUUGAAAAGGUCGAUAAAUUCGCUUUUGCCGGUUUACCCCAACUCCAAUCUAUCGAUCUAAGCUAUAAUCAACUGGAAACAUUUGAUUCCAAUACUUUUAGGGGAACAUUUUUGCAGUCAGAAAAUACUGCUAAUGUGCAGAUACUUGAUUUAACUGGAAAUCCGAUUAAUUGCAGUCCAAACGAAACUGAUUGGAUAUUUUCAUUGAGGGGAAAAGUUCGAAUUUUGGGAAGGUUUUUAAUAAAGAAAUUAAAUAAAAACAUAAUUAAAUUAAAGUUGUUCCGGAAUGGGAGAACAACAAAUAAAUAUGGAGGGUGUUGAAUUAACAAAGAUUGGUGUUGUUGGAGAUGGAAAAAAUAUAAAGUAAUUUAUAGAGAGACAAAACUUGAUUAGGAAAGAAAAAUAUAAACAAAAUUUUCCGGAAAGAAAUUAUAUAAGAAAUAAAACACAAGUCAGAGUUAGAACUUUCCGGAAAAACAUUCCGGAAAGAAAAAUACAAACAAAAUACAAAACACAAAACUUAAUAAAAACACAAAAACAAUAAACAAUUUAAGGCAAACAAACAAAACAACAUCAAAAACAUCAACGACAACAACACUUUACGGAAGCAAAACUGAAAAUGAAAUAGUAGAAAAGAAAAAUAAAAGAAUUAAUAAUUUGAAAAAUUUAAAAUUUUUAACGCAAAUAAAAAGGAAAAAUGAAAGUAAAGAAAUUAAAAUAGAAGAAAAUAAAGAAAUACCUCAA